CUCAAACGGUAGAUUUUGUUCUGGGAAACAGGAGCAGGCAAGACACUUCCAGAAGGCUUGCAGUUGCUCGAGGAUUAAGAUCUGUAUUGCGGAGUUACACUGGUUUUAUGUUAAAAACUCUACUGUGCCUUUAAACAGAGGCCUAAGGUGACAUGAAUAUUUUUCAUUAAGCUCAGGAUUCAGGCUUCACAACGGAAUGAAUCAUCUGCUGUUCAUCUCACUCUGUCUCAGUCUCUGUUGUUCUGCAUUGGGUGCAGCAGUUACUCCUCUCUGUAGCUCUGUGUACAGGGGCUUUGCAGAGUGUCUAGUUACUCUGGGAGACAGUGUAAGCAGCCAGUCUGACAACAUUCAGGACAUCAACUCCAUCUGCAAAUCUUGGGAUGCCUUCCAGGUGUGUGUGAGUGGUGUGCUGUCAGGUUGCCGUGGUGAUGCGGCAGAGGUAUGGGAGUCCUUAAGAGAGGAGUCUCGCCGGACACAGUUUUCUGGGAACCUUUACGAAAUGUGUGCCAGCCGCACUCAAGCUACCACCCUGAAACCUUCCCAGACUCUACUGAGUACUGACCAGACCAAUCAGGAGUCUUUAAAAGGACUUGCUGCAAGCAGUGACCACACCCAUUCUAUGCAGUUGCUUCUGACAUGCAUGUCUCUCAUUUUAGUCCGAUAAUAGCACCUCACAUCUGUUCAGACUACAAGCCAGUUUUGCUAGUAGUAGACAACGGGUGGUGUAAAUUAUGUACAUAAUAACAUAAUGGUGAGACAUGCAAGGUAACAAAAUUAAGAUCUCUGCUCUUUAAAUUAAAUUUAAUGUGUCAUAUGUUUGUUGAAUGAAAUUCUAAAUCUUAACAGAACAGUUCCUACAGUGCUGCAGUGCUAGUCCCAUAAGCCAAUUUGUUACAAUAAAUAGGUUUAUUAGGAACCAGUGGUGAACCGUGACUUUUAGUGCUAGGCCUUAAAUUUAAGCUGUAAAUGCCAAAACGCAGUCAAAGCAUGAGAAUAAAAAAACAUUUCCAUUUGCUAAUUUCUGUAGCAUUUUUCUACCUUAACUAUAUCUACCUAGAUAUCAUGAAAAAAUUAAACCAUUUCUGACUGAUCAAUUUUCCAUCCACAAUAUGAAGAAUUAACUCUUGUUUCCAUACAGCACUCAAAUUACACACUUGUAUUUUUAGUUGCCAGAAAUCAUUUUCAACAAGUUUUAGGCCUUGAAGAUUAAUCUCAUAGAAUAGGUUCAUGUUACACUUGUACAGUUAGAGAAUGCAGACUGUCCGACGGCUUGUAAUUAGUGUUAGCCUUCCGCUAGCCCUUCAUUAAUGUUAGCAAGCAAAGUUUAUUUAUAAAGCGCUUUUUACAACAAGUGUUGUCACAAAGCAGCUUUACAGAGCAAUCAGUAUUACCGAAAGAAAAUCCAGUCCCAAACUCCUUAAGGGCAAGAGGAAGAGACCUUGAGAGAAACCAAGACUC